AUGUCUGUUGAUACCGCUACAAAACCUAUUGAACUUCCCAUUGCUACGGCCUUGGAAUCUACCGAUGAUGAUGAUAACAAAACCUUAGUUUCAUCAACCGCCACCGCCAAUGGCUCUAACUCCUCUUUAGAAGAUAAUAAUGAUGAUGAUGUUGGAAAGCCUACAACAACAACAACAACAACAACAACAACAACAACAACAACAACAACAACAACAACAACAACAACCACUUUAACACAACCACCACCACCUAGCAUCAAGAUUACACCCAGUAAUGCUACAGCAGUUAAUACUGAAGAAGAAGAAGAAGAAAAUGCUGAAAUUAAUCUUAUUAGAUCUACCUCUCCUUCAUCCAAAACUACAUCAUUCCCUAAAAAAUUCCACUUUCAGUUUACCUCGGAUGAAACAGAAAGUAAUACCAAUGCAAAUGCAAAUACCUUUAUUGAAGCCAGAGAUGUCGCACGUCGCAGAAGAAAACGUCAAAUUGAACGCACUUUGUACCAUGAACAACAUCCUGAAGAUAUAGGCCAUCAUCACCAUCACCAUCAUCACCAUCAUCAUCAGCACAAUGAUCAAGAUCAAGAUCAAGAUAACGAACACGAACAUCAAACCCAGACUGGAGAUUCUGUUCAUACUGCUGCUGGAAUGGAAUCUUCUUCAGACUCAUCUUCCGACUCCGAAGACUCGGACUACUCAACUAGUCGCUCCCGUUCCCGUUCGCGAGUUCAGCGCAGAUCACGCUCACGUGUACGCAAAUUGAGUGGUAGUGAUCACCCACAUGAAAACGACCUUAUUUCUCCAGCACACGAUUUUGAACCUCGCGUGUCCUUUGAUACAUUUGGCAAUAAACUUGCAAUUGACUUUUCAUUAACUCUUCGUUUUACUCAUCAAGACUACAAGUACUCUCGUCUUUCACGUACCUUUUUGUGUGGUACUGACAACAAUAAGUAUUCAGAAAAUGCAGCCAGCUGGCUAAUGCGAGAGCUAGUUGAAGAUGGAGAUGAAAUUGUUUGUCUUCGUGUUGUUGACCCAGGCAGCAAUGAAAAAACUUAUCGUAAAGAAGCAGAAAACUUUUUGGCCCAUUUGCUCACUAAAAAUACCAAAAACAAGGCCAUUUCAAUAAUUCUUGAAUUUUCUGUUGGUAAGGUUGAAGAAACAAUCAUGCGCACAAUUGAAGUCUAUGAACCUUCAAUGUUAGUAGUCGGCACUAAAGGUCGCUCCUAUAAAAAGGGCUUCCGCGGCUUGCUCCCAGGAUCCGUCUCCAAAUGGUGUCUCCAGCACUCACCCAUCCCCGUGAUUGUAGUCAAGCCUCCUAAUCUUCGCGAGAAAUCCAAAGAUACGCGGCUUGCCGGCGACGCGACUGAACGUUCUCAGUACGCGCACCACCGCCAAUCUUAUCUGGAGAUGAUUGCAUCCGCAGAUAAUUUGGAGUCUGUUAAGAUUUACAGUGGAAACAAUUCCUCUUCACCAACCCUUCACCCAAACCUCCCACCAUACCUUACUACAAAUCCUUCCAUUUCUAACCCAACCCUUGCCCAUUCCAAAACUGCAACUCCAUCAUUCACUUCCCCAGCUUUCUCUGCAAUGUCAGGAACCUCGGGUAACUCGGGUAUGUCUGGAACAUCAGUUUUUUCAGGAUCUCCUUUGGCAUCUCCUAGAAUUCGUGGAUCACCUCUGGCUUCUCCGAAAUCCGUUCCUACCACUGCAAGUCUUUCAGCCCCAUCCUCGCCACUCUUGCUCUCAUCAACCUCGCCGUCUUUACAUGCAACUGCUUCAGACCGUAAGAUUUCUCGGUUAGAUUUGCUUAGAUCUAAAGCUCGACACUAA